CUGGAGCCUUGUCAACAUCAUCAGAAACCACAAGAAACCAGGCUGUGCAGCCAUGUUCCGGACACCCUGACCCAACGGAAGCCCAUGGGGCACCGCAGACUGGCAGCCCUGCUUCUGCCUCUCCACCUGCUGUUCACUGUCCUCUCCGCCUCUGCUGGGAUCGGCUGCCCCUGUCUGCCCCACUGGAACACCCGCUGCCUGCUGGACGCCCACAUGAUUCUGUGCCUUCGGGAUGACAGUUUCACAGAAAGAUCUGUCCAUAUUCCUUGUCAUACCCAGUUGGCCACCCCCGUCUCCCCAAAACUUCAGGGUGCUUGGCUCUGGAGCUGCCCCUGCUGUUUGUGCCUACAGCUGGUGUCAGCUCCUUCUGGCCUUCAGUGGGGCUGGUUCCAUAGCCUGGUGCAGAAAUGCAAAAAGCCUUACACGUUCCACUUCCGUAGGAGACACAAGACGCCAACCUCUGCUCAGAGGAAGCUGCUGAGUCGCCACUGCCUGUCUGAGAAGGGCCAUCACAUCUCCGUCACCUCCCAAGACACCUCAUACAAAAGGCUGCGCUUCAAAAGGACCCAACCUUCAGCCUCAGAGGCAGCAGAAGUUCUCCUGAGACAGGACUCACAAAGGCAUAAAGGGCCUGAAUUCUACUUUGACUUGCUGCCCGAGGCACGGGCUAUUCGAGUGAGCAUCCCCCCAGGCCCUGAGGUCAAUGUACGUCUUUGUCACCAGUGGCCACUAGAGUGCGAAGAGCUGAGCAGUCCCUUUGAUGCCCAGGAAACCGUGUCUUGGGGCCGCACCGUAGACCUGCCUUAUGAAUUCCUUCAGCCCUGUCUGUGCAUAGAGGCAUCCUACCUCCAAGAGGACACCGUGAGGCGCAGAAAAUGUCCCUUUCAGAGCUGGCCUGAAGCCUAUGGCUCAGACUUUUGGAAGUCAGUGAAAUUUACUGACUACAGCCAGCACAGUAAGAUGGUCAUGGCCCCAACACUCCACUGCCCACUGAAGCUGGAGGCCGCCCUCUGCCAGAGGCAGGGCUGGAGCACCCUCUGUGAAGACCUCCCCAAUGCCACAGCUCGCGAGUCAGAGGGGAGGUUUGUUUUGGAGAAGGUGGACUUGCACCCCAAGCUCUGCUUCAAGUUCUCUUUUGGAAACAGCAGCCAUGUUGAAUGUCCCCACCACACUGCCCCAUCCUGGAAUGUGAGCAUGGACACCCAAGCUCAGCAGCUGGUCCUUCACUUCUCCACAAGGAUGCAUGCCACCUUCAGUGCUGCAUGGAGCCACCCAGACUUGGGACAGGACAGCCUGGUGCCCCCUGUAUACAGCAUCAGCCAGACUCAGGGUUCAGGCCCGGUGACGCUAGAUCUCAUCGUUCCCUUCCUGAGGCCAGGGGGCUGCAUUCUGGUGUGGCGGUCAGAUGUCCAGUUUGCCUGGAAGCACCUCUUGUGUCCGUAUGUCCCUCAUAGACGCCUGGGACUAUUGGUCCUGGCACUGCUGGCCCUCACCACCCUUCUGGGAGUUGUUCUGGUCCUCACCCUCCGGCGCCCACUAUCAAGCCCGGGCCAAGCACAGCCAGUGCUGCUUCUGCAUGCAGCGGACUCAGAGGCGCAGCGGCGCCUAGUGGGAGCGCUGGCUGAACUGCUGCGGGCCACGUUGGGUGGUGGGCGCGAUGUGAUCGUGGACCUGUGGGAGGGGACGCGCAUGGCGCGCGUGGGCCCGCUGCCGUGGCUGUGGGCUGCGCGGGCGCAGGUGACGCGGGAGCAGGGCACCGUGCUGCUGCUGUGGAGCAGCGCCUGUUCCGGCCCCACCUGCGGCCUGGACCCCCGCACUGCGCCCCUGUGCGGCCUGCUCCGUGCCGCUCCGCGUCCGCUUCUGCUACUCGCUUACUUCAGUAGCCUCUGCACCAAAGGCGACAUUCCCGCGCCGCUGCGUGCUCUGCCGCGCUACCGCCUGCUGCGAGACCUGCCUCGUCUGCUGCGAGCACUGGGCGCCGCCGGGUCUUCCACCCAAGCCACUGGCAGGGGCCGCCUGGGUGCUCAGCAGUGCCUGCGGAGUCGCCUGGAACUAUGCCGCCGGCUGGAACGCGAGGCAGCCACGCUUGCCCAUCAAACCUGAGCAGAGCUCCAGGCAAUCCAGAUGUCUCGGCCACAGGCGUAGGGGGCACUGGCUGGUAUCCCAGAAGGAAGCUUCUACCCCGGAAUUCUCAGUGUGCCUCCUGAGGACUGCUGCCCGAAAGCCUUAUUCGUUGCCUUCCAGCCCCGGAGCAGAGCACUCGUCUCACUCCAAGCCCUUGUGCACGUGCGUCAGGCUUCCUCCUGGUGCUUCCCUGCCUCUCAGAACCCCCAGGGAGAGAAUCUUUUUUUUUACUGAGGGUGCCUCUGACUCCAGGGGAGGGAGAGUUUCCCACUUCCGGUCUCCAAAAUUUCCGAGAGUAGUUUACACAUGCUCUUGUGCUUGCUAGAGAGAUUUGGGCAGGGGUAGGGGAGGCAGGAGAUUUGGCGGUUCUGAAGGCAAUGGAUCCACGGAAGUGCGAUAAAAUCCCCUUGGGGGCCAGAGAUCCUUCUUUCCCAGACACAGGCCUUGCCCAGAUGGGGAUGGAGGCAGCACUGGACCCAGGAAAAGGGGCUUUGGCCCUGGGUGGCUGGGAUGAAGGUGGGACAGGAAACACCACGAUGAAUCAGGAUGAAUAAAGGCAAAUAUGAUGG